UGAGAAAUGAUCCUCUGACCCUCAUCCCCCAGACGGCCAGACCCCAGUGCACUCUAUCCCCUCAGCUAUGGCGACAACCGUCACGCCCGCCUCCCCGUUCCGCGACUACCUCCACCGCCGCCGCGUCCGCCUCCACGCCAAGCCGCACCCGCAUUCCCAGCGCCGCCUAUCACGCACCGCGCGGCUACGCUAUGCUCCGGACGGUGGCGGCGCUGAGGUCUCGGGCCCUCCCGCUUCCGCGGCCGUCGAGGAGCAAACGCCGCAGGAACGGCCGGAGGACUUCAUGCUCCUGGCUGCCAACCGCAGCGAAUUCAACGAGAUCAUCAUGGUCAUCGACUCGCCCGUCGCGCGGUACCUCGUCCUCGACCACAACAAGAAUAUCCACAGCAUUCUCCCCAAAACAACCGUUUGGACCAACUCGUACUGGGGUGCUGGGACAUCAGCACAUCUGAUGCUAAAGUUUUGGCCUUGGUUACAACUUAUUGGCUGGGAGAUCGACCCUAUGAUAAUUGAAUUGUCAAGGGAUUAUUUUGGUAUGUCUGAUUUAGAGAAGGCCACAGAAUCAGGUGGUUCACUUUUGGUGCGCAUUGGUGACGCACUUUCUCCAUCAGCAACAGUCGAAGGAGGAUUUGCUGGAAUUGUUGUAGAUUUGUUUUGUGAUGGAAAGGUCAUACCUCAGCUACAAGAAGCCAAAACUUGGUUGCAAAUUGCAAAAAGGCUAAUGCCAGACGGUCGAAUCAUGGUAAAUUGUGGUGGAUCAGACACUGAAGAAUCUCUCUCAUCGCCUUGGGUUCAAAACCCUACAGUUAAAGCACUUUGUUCCGCAUUUCCUGGACAGGUAAGCUGGAAGAGACUAUCGGAGAAAGAGAGUGUAAACUAUGUUGCCCUGACUGGACCUCUCCCAGACCUGGACGGGUGGUCGGCGUCGGUUCCUAGUGAGCUAAGCACGAAUAGGGCCGGCCCUAAGCCUAUGCUAGAGAGGCGACGGCCGGGGGCCUAAAAUUCUUAGGGGCCCAAUAUUUAGUAUAUAUAACACUAUAUAAUAUAUCAAUUUACACUUUACAAAACCCAUCUAACCAAAUAACUCACACACUUAUAAUAUUUACGAAAUCCAUCAAACAAAUUGCAACCAUAUUUAACAUAACAUCAAAAUUAACGGUUUAGAUUAUUGAAUAACAUCAUCUAUUUUGUUCACUCAAAUUACAACCAUAUUUAACAUAACAUUAUUUGAUCAUCCUUUAGCCCUCCCCUCCCCGUAUCCCCACCGCCAUCAAUCCCUCCCCUCGCCCCACCACCGUCAUCGUCCACCCCUCUCCUCCUCUUCACAGGAACGUAGCGUUAGCACAAGUUAUAUGCUAGUAGUAAAAUAGUAUAGGUAGCCAACAGGGUGGGAGAGCUAGGCACACUGACGUCCGGUGCACACGGACAAUGUGGCACGCGUUGCCCACUGCCUAGUCGUCACGCUCACGUCCUCGAGCGUCUAUGAGACCACACCCUCCAUGUGAUCGUCGUUCGCCAUCUCGCCGAUCCAACCCUUCAGGAUUCCACGGAGCUAGGCACCACUGCGCUAGCCUCCAGACACGCAUGGUCGAGCAAUCAGAACUUGGGUUAUCCGGCGAUCGUCGUUCCUAUUUUUUCAACCUGUGAAGCGUUAAUUUGUACCGAUGUAUAUUAUCUAGCUUCUUAGAUUGUUUAAAAAACUAAUUUUAAUACACAUCAUCAUUUAUUUAUAAAGUAUUAAUAUGCUCUGCUGCAUAAUAUAGAAAUUUUUUUAUAGUAUAGAGGGCCCACCAUGAUCAGUUCGCCGGGGGCCCUCAAAAUCAUAGGACCGGGGCUGAGCACGAAAGUGAAACAAUGGAUGCCAUGCGAGCUUGCGUGAUGGAAGGGCAUUUUCUUUUGUUCUAGCUGCACCUAAUUUGCCUCAGCAACUUGUCCAUGACCGCUGUGGCCUUCUCCAACCUCCAUGCCCCUUCAAUUUCUGGUGAGGGACGCUCAGCUGUCGGUGGGUGCCAUCCACAGCGCUUCGUUUCCGGAUCUAUCGGCGGACUAUGCACCCAUCCGGCACACUGACAGUCUUGUCUCUCUCUCGUCUCUUUCUUCUUCUUUUUUUUACUUAAGGGUGCGCUUUGUGGCAUCAUCUGCAUCGGAGGCAGUAUUGACCCCAGACGUUCGUGGGAUGGAAUAGGUAAACAUUGAGUUUCGUUACUGAACGUUGAGUACAAGUACAAGUGUACAACAAACACACGCUCUCUAUCCCUUGUGUUGAGAGAAUCUGAAUCUUGAUAGUAGCCUAGAACAACUCUGAUCCUUUUCUUUAGAGAGAGGAGAGAGCAUGUAAAAGACAGAAUUUGCAGCAAGAGGAUUGGAGCCCAUAACAGUUUGUUUAGUGGUAUUCUGCUGCUGGCACACAUGCAUGCCUUUGUGGUGCCGCAAAGUGACAAAUUCAUUUAAGUGAACAGCUGUCCAGUAGCAUUCACUGACAACGACUGUUCGUUUAGCAUCCAACAGUGCUGCGAUGUUUAACUGAAUCUAAGCUCUGGAAUAGUAGAAUCAGUGCAUGCCUCGGUGUGCUUUGGAUACCAUACGUAAAUGUAUUGGAAGUUCUAUCAGG